UUGAAUUUCCUGGCCAGAUCUUGUGAAUUUCUCGAUCACCUCGUCACCUGUAGUCUGCAAGGUACGAUGGUUUCUUCUUGUCAAUGCUUGUGACAAGCGUAGUUGUUGUGGGAAUUAACUGGAAGAAAUAUGAGACCUGCGGAGACCCUCUGCACAUCUGGACAGUGGUGGACUAUGGCGCGGUUUUUGUUGCACGCAUACUCAUGUUCACAGACAAUUUUUUUGUGGCCUCCCUGAUCAGAUUGAUGACGGAAGAGCGGAGGCACAUGACUGAUGACCUUGGAGGGAUGGCAGAAUAUCACAGAGCAAUGACCGUUGCACAUCGGCAUAGGUUCUACAUAUACCGGAUCAGAUGGCUCUUCCGGCGACAACAUCAUCAGCAACUGGUGGCACGGGGAGCACCUCAGCUGUCAGAGUUGCAGCUGAUCUUUGAUCUUGUAAGGAACCCACGGGUUGUGGACUAUUAUAACUUCAGAGGGACUGUACAUCCACCAGAGCCAAUCUCCUCUUCAACAGUUAUUCCGGAUUUUCAACAAGCUUUCCCAGUUCAUGUAUUAACGCCCGUUCAGGAGUUUGUGGCAAGUAUGAUCCAGCAGCUUCCACGUUUUGAGCUCAAAACCAUCCCAACGGAAUGCCCCUCCUGUGCAAUCUGUUUGGAGGAUUUUGUCGUUGGAACAGAAGUGAGAUUACUCCCAUGUGCACAUAAUUUUCAUGUGAACUGCAUUGAUCAGUGGCUGCUGCGCACCAGUAAAUGUCCCCAGUGCAGGUGCUCCAUCUUUCUGGACCAUGGCGGCGGUUAUAGCCCUCUUCAUGUGGGGAGCAGCCCUCUGAAUCUCGGAAGCCCUAUCCGAGCUGCUUUGUUUGGCAGCAGUCCACUCAAUAUUGCGAGUCCUCUACGUGCAGCACUCUUCGGGAGCAGCCCCUACCGGUCGUAUUUACCAAGCAGCCCUUUGGGCAGACGGCGCGGGCCGUCUGCAGGGUCGAUGUCAUCUAUUCCUGGAAGUCCGAUGCAACCUCCUUCAACUCAUAACAGCCCUCAUAAUCCCAAUCCCUUGCCCCCUGCAACGAGCCUCCACCGCCCCGCGCAUUCCCUUCCCACAAGCCAUCUAUCGAUCAUUCCACCAGCACGUCUUCCUGGAGCACCUUAUCCCAGCGGAACAAUCAGGGCGACUGGCUACCCAAGUCCGCUCCAGGCAGUUAUAUUUCAGCAGGGGCCAAUGAGGACAUCAAUGAUGUUCUCGCCAACCUCAAUGCCUCGGUCUGUCCCCGGGAGCCCGCUGCGGACACCGCAGUCUCCACUUUCACCAAACAACGAUGUGCUUCGACCUCCUAGUAAUGCGUCUGCCUGUUCCUGUUCGCGAGCCACUGGAAGGUCUCCGUCUGUGUCCGAGCCAGCCGUGUCCCCAGCAUCUCUGGCAUUUCAAACUACCAUGUCCUCUGAUGCGCAGCGAGGAAGUAGUGCCUGCAGCCCGCAAGCGAUCGGUAUACCGACAGAGAUGCAACUUUGCAUGCUUGUCCCUUCCGAUUCCCCGCUUCCUUCUCCAGCUGUGGCACAAAGUCCGUUGUCAUCACCAGCAACUGUUGCAGUUGAUUGUGAGCAGUUUGGGGAACAGGAGAAGGGCAGCUGUAGUAUCAAACCACGCGCACCUGCCCUGUGCACUGUGCGCGGACCGGAGACGGGCGUGUGCCGCCGCGCGGCGCGCACCUGGGUGCACGGUGCGCUGCGCACAUAUGCGCUGGGGGAUGCGCACAGGCAGGCUGCACAUGCGCCAGGUGCGCGCGUCCUUUUCGGGGGUCUGCGCGCGUCUUGGACUGUGCGUGGUGCAGUGCAAGUGGAUGUGCCGCAUGUAUGCAAUAGACAUGUCUUUCUUUGUUUGCAUGCAAAGUUUCGAGCAAUCGGGGCAAUUGCUUGCGAGCGGUAUCUGGACUCCGUCAUUUUUCUGCCAAGGUAUGGUGGGCCCAUAGCAAUGUGAGUGUGUGCCAAACGCUCAUGUUGACAGCGCCCGAUGUGCGGACGCUGUGAGAUGAUGACCCAUUUAAAUACUCCUACCGUCUGUCUGUCUGCCUGCCUGUCUGUCUGCCUGUCUUUUCUAUUUAUGUCUGCGUAUGUAAUGUACAUUGUACAUGCCUUAAAUAGUGCAGAGAAUGCGUCGUGUUCAGAGACAGGAAAAGAUUGAUCGAGGACCAACUGCUGGCCUGGUGAUCUAUGAUAGUGAUGAGGACAAGUGCAGGAACCAAAGGAGUGGCAUGGGACCAGGCAGGGCCACUACGGGACCCAGGAGGACUAGGGUAGAACCACGAGGGUAAGUGUGGAAUCUGAGUGGUGUGGGAAAGGAUGAGUUUGGAAACCAAAGGACCCGGAAAGAUCAGUGCAUGGAACCCAAAAGGACCAGGGAGACCUGAGAGGACUAGGGUGGUACCCAAGAGCGCGAGUGUGGAACCUAUGAGGGCAUUAGUAGACAUCGAAGGACAAGUAUGGGACCAGAAGACCCACCCCAAAGGACCAGUGUACGGAACCUGAACGGACCAGUGUACAGAACCUGAAAGGACCAGGGUGCACCUUUGGAGGACCAGGGUGGAACUCACGAGUACAAGCGUGGAGCCCAAGAAGACAGUAUGGAACCUCAGAGGGUGGGUAUGGAACCCAAGAGGACCAGUGUUGGACCAGAGACGAGUGAUGUGGGACCGGAGACAAUGUGUGGGAUCAGACUGCUUUGCAUUUUGUGUGAUUCAGUUUGGUGCUGGAGAAGUGCUAAAGAAAGGGGUAAAAUACUAAAAUGUGAAGAGUGGUGCAGGUCCCUCCCUACAUGCUCUGUAAAGAGAUGCAUGAAUGUCUCCACCCGUUUAUCCAGUUUCGAUUUUCUAUUCUCUUUCCAAUCUGCGAACUACUUCCGAAAUAGCCCUCUCUCUCUCUCUCUCUCUCUCUCUCUCUCUCUCUCUCUCUCUCUCUCUCUCUCUCUCUCUCUCUCUCUCUCUCUCUCUCUCUCCACACACACACACACAAUUCGUGAGCUCAGCUCUCUGUUUGACCCUCUUUUUGACAUUGACGUCGUUGCGGCCAAGUUGUGCGCUUCAGCCCACAGUGACUUGACCAUCGAUUUUGGAUAUUCCAUUUUUUCUCCGAUCUCGACAAACUCGGACAAAGUCCAUUCUCUGCUUCCAAUUCUGGACUUCCAUCUCUUUUACCAUUUCUUGACCAUUUUGGAUAUUCCAUUAUUUCUCCGAUCUAGACCAAGUCUUGUGCUUCAUCCCGCAGCGAAUGCCCUGGUGUCUCUCUCUCUCUCUCUUGGUUUGGAUAAAGUCCGUACUACAGUAGUAACUGGACCAGUGGGCCGGGUGGGAUCAAGUUGUACUUGUGUGGUCAAGUGCCUGACUGACCUCUUUGCGUUCGGACCAAGUCGUUCUGGCUCCCUGGUCCGUCCCAGACCCGAAAAGAUCAGUGCAUGGAACCCAAAAGGACCAGGGAGACCUGAGAGGACUAGGGUUUUCGGGCCCACUAACUGACUUGGUCCCAAAUGAAAUUCCCAAUCACCG